UAGUAUAUAAUCGCCAAGACAACCAUGGCAAGUCACUGACUGUACUGUACUGUCACUGUCUCAUCAUGAGGACCUCCGUAGCCGUUGCUUCCCUUGCCAUCGUUGCCCUCGCCAUCUUGGUACCCACCAUCUCUGCUGGAUGUGCUAAAACAGUUGUUGGAGUUGGUGUGCCUGUAGAGAGCUACAGCGCCAGCGUGAAGAACGCCGCCUCCAACUCUGACGCCAAGACUGCUGAAGCCAACAAGGAAGACGAGGCUUACACUGAUGGCAUCGUCAAGUACGCUAGGGGAUCCUCCAACACUGCCACCAGCCAGGACAAGGAUAGCGCUCAGUCCUCCGUCAAGGAAGUCAACGUCAAGGGAAUUGACGGCAGCUCAUACAAGGCCAAGUCCUCCUCAGUGAAGACCGCCUCUCUGGACGCUGACACCAAGACCUCCAGCUCCUACGUGUCCGUAGGACCCGCCAGCUCCUGCGCUUAGAGGAAUGUUUUCACUGACUUUUUAAAUUUGCAAUAAAUUAAUAUUUAAACACUACACUUUUUUAUUUUAAUCCCAUGUCUGGAUGCUCUUGCUCUAUAAUAUAUGAUGAAAAAACCAUAUGCAAUCUCUGAAAAAAGAUAUUGAUUUUUGAGGGGGCAAACAAUACAACCCUCUUUUAAUUAUCCAGCAUAUAAGAGAGGUUGACGUUGACAUACAUUACCCUUGCAGUUCUGGCCCAUCUACCAAAGUUAUAUAUGGAUGCCUUAUAGUUGAUAAGCCUGUUUCUGUUUCCUACUCUCUCUAACAGCCUCUGUUCUUGCCAGUGUCUCAUGGUGCGUUCUAGGCUCCUCGUUCCUACCUCCGAUGAACCCUCCAAUUGGACCAUCCGACUUUGAUCUGGGACGUACAUAGAAUCUUGUAGGCUGCGCGUUCGUUUAAGUGUAUUAUGGGCGGUAUCUGAGUCGGUGUGCCUGUAGAGAGCUACAGUGCCAGCGUGAAGAAUGCCGCCUCCAACUCUGACGCCAAGACUGCUGAAGCCAACAAGGAAGACGAGGCUUACACUGAUGGCAUCGUCAAGUACGCUAGGGGAUCCUCCAACACUGCCACCAGCCAGGACAAGGACAUCGCUCAGUCCUCCGUCAAGGAAGUCAACGUCAAGGGAAUUGACGGCAGCUCAUACAAGGCCAAGUCUUCCUCAGUGAAGACCGCCUCUCUGGACGCUGACACCAAGACCUCCAGCUCCUACGUGUCCGUAGGACCCGCCAGCUCCUGCGCUUAGAGGAAUGUUUUCACUGACUUUUUAAAUUUCCAAUAAAUUAAUGUUUAA